AUGGAGAGCCACGUGGAUGGGCCCCUUUAUGACAGUCAAUGGUUGAUCAUCUUCAACUGCUCGUCAAGGUCAUUUAAGAGCAUUAGGCAUGAUUGGGUGGUUGUGAAAACAGUGUUGCGAUUUUCUGGGAUUUGGGAUACCAAACCACCCAAAUCAGUGUCGCCCUACGAAGCCGCCGUCAAGCUCAAGACGGCGGCUUCGUCUUUCGGGCUUGUUCGCCAUAUGAUAGCAUAUGCGAACAGGCAUGCGCUUAAUUAUGUUCCACAGGUUGUCAGAGAAAGGAAAGAGAGGAACAGGGUUGUGAUUAGGGAUGGUGAAUUGAACGUCUGUAGGGUUUGCGGGAGGAGAUUUUAUACUAAUGAGAAGCUUUUGAAUCAUUUCAAGAUUCAUGAGAGGGAGCAUGCGAAGAGGUUGAACCAGAUUGAGUCUGCUAGAGGGAGCAGGAGGGUGAAGCUGGUGGGGAAGUAUUCAAUGAAGAUGGAGAAGUAUAAGAAUGGUGCAAGGGAUAUCUUGACACCCAAGGCGGGGCGGGGUUUGGCGGACGAGGUGAAGAGGGCAGGGUUUUGGGUUCGGAGCAUGGUGGAUAACCCUCAGAGGGUGGAUGCUGCAUUGAGGAAUCACAUUGUGGAUAUGAUGGAUCACAAGAGAGCUGAGUGUUUGAUGCUUGUGUCGGAUGAUUCGGAUUUUGUGGAUGUUGUGAUGGAGGCCAAGCUGAGAUGUCUCAAGACGGCGAAGAAGGAGGCGGUGUCAGUUGUGGGGAAAUGGAAAGACCGUGAUGUGUUGAAGAGAUUGGAGUGGACAUACAAGCCAGAUGAGGUGCAAAGUGUGAAUGGCUGGGAUGAUGAGGUUGGUGGUGAAAGCGAGGAUGAGGAAAUUGAAGGUAUUGUGAUGGAGUGA